GUCACAUGACCUGUCAUGGCGACGCCAUGAAUGGAGAAAAUACAGCAACGCAUGCAAUGAGGACACGCAACUAAUGAUCCUGUUUAACUGUGUUUUUAGUUUUUUCUGUUUUACUGCACGAAGUCGACCUUCAGUACCUGUGAUAUAUUGGAUCCAAGUCACACGUGUAGAAAUGGGUCUGGAUCCAGCCUCUCUACGCUUAGACGAGCAGUUACUUCAUUUUAUGGAUCAGCUUGAGAUUCUAGAGGAGAAACGACAAAAACUUAACAUGCUCAUAGAAGAGGGAUGGUUCAACAUUUCCAAGGCUCGGUACUCGAUGGGAAACAAGCAGGUCUCAGCCCUGCAGUAUGCCAGCGAGAUGGAGCCACUUGUACUUGUCCAUGCCAGCCUAUCUGAAAAGGGUGAAGCUGCAUUCAGAUGCAAGCGAAUUAAUGACAAAGCAGAAGAACUAAAACAGAGUGAUACAGUAGAGACCAUAGGACCAACAGAAGGAGGCCUCAGAAGACGAGUAAACAUUACCAAGACAGACAUUAAGGAAGAAAAAGACACUUCCAGAGACCAAUGUGAGAAGGAAACUCAAUUUAAUUCAAAAAGUGAGAAAUCUUCAAUUAAGCAAGAUCCUCUGAAAUGGUUUGGGAUUCUUGUCCCACAAAACCUUAAGCAAGCUCAGGCAGCAUUUAAAGAAGUCAUUACUCUAUCAGCUGAGAUUUCAACCAUGCAGAGUGCAAUUGUGAAAACUAGAUUGGAGAUGAAGACCCAGAUGAAGGACAAAGAGAAGAUUGUCUCUGAAUUAAAAGAAUAACACUUCACUCAGUUAUCCUCCCUAAGUUAUUUGUUUCUCAGAUGUUGAACUGUCUCUUUUGAUGUGUAUGACAAUGUGAUUCUUAAUGAAAUAAACAAUCAAACCUGUAAUAUGCUUUUAAAUGUGAUGAUAAACUAAUGUGUGUUUACUUAGCCACCUUCCUGUUAUUCAGCUACAGGAGUACAGUGUACAUUAAAAUUUAUUCAGACUUUUUCAAA